AUGCAGGCUGGCGGGGCGGUGUUCUCGGACGGCCAGGUGGUGCAGGCAAAGUGGCAGGACAGGCACUGGUUCCCAGGGCGCAUCGCGAAGGCAAACGGCAACGGCACGUUCGCCAUCCGGUACGAUGACGGCGGCUUCGAGGCCGUCGUCCCCGCGCACCUCAUCAGGCCUGUGGCUGGCGCCGCGGGCGGAGCUCAGCCUGUCCAGGCCGUGCUGGCGCCACCGGGCGCCUGCCCGCAGCCGGCGGCCGCCGUGGCCAGCAGAGGGCCGCUGCCCGUGGGCGGCGUGUCCUUGUCGCCCCUGGCGGCGGGCAGUGUCUCGAUGUCGCCAGGCGCUGGCCUGCAGCUGCGCGGCGGGCACGCCGCCGCCGCCUUGGGCCGCGGCGCGACGCCCGCGAGCAACCCCGCGGGGAGCCCCGCGGCGUCUGGCCAGACGCCGCAGAUCCAGGCGCCUGGCGCGGCCGCGCCAGCGGUCCCGCCGAGGAUACUGCGGCCCGCCGAUGCGGGCGCGACCCGGCAGAUGAUGCAGCUGUCUUCUGGCGCGCAGGAGGGCGCGGAGUUCGCCGUCACCCGCGCGCCGUCCUUCGCGCAGGGCGCCGCGGAGUCGGUCGGCUCUGCGGGAUCGGUUGCCGUGGCGGCGCAGGUCCCACCUCCCCCGGCUCGCAGCACCUCGGCUGCGUCCGCGGGGGUUGGCUCCGGUGUGCUGGGGCCGCCUGUCACUGUCGUGGCGCAGGCGCAGGUGGCCCAGCAGGCGGAGCCUGUCGGGGCGCCCGUGGUCACGCGGCAGCUCCCCGCGACGGCCGCUGCUUCGCGGCCCGCCCCGGCUCAGCGUGCCGCGGCCGCGCCGGCGGCGCCGCAGCCGGUGCUGGGCCCCCCAGUCACGGCAACCGUGGCGCCCGUGGCUGCGGCGACUUCGCCCCGGGCGCGGCGCGGCAGCGCGCCUUCACCGGCCGCCCGCGGCGGCAGCGCAGGCAGUCCUGCUGACAGCGACUCCUCCAGCUGCUCGUCGUCGGGGGAGGACGACGACGAGGCCGACGACAAGGAAACGGACGGCAAGGCCAGCGCCACCCCGAGUCGACAUGCGCCAGUGAGACGAGGCCCGUCCUUCUGGGAGCAGGCCCGGGACGGCCUGGACCGCUUCAAGGAGUUCUUGGAGAACGUGCCCGUGUCCGCGGCCGCCGAGCCCAUCGCCAAGGACCGCGCGACCGACGACCAGCACCUCAACAGCGUCAGCAUCGAGUACUCCGACGGUGACGUCUCCGCGGCCACCAAGGGCUUCAGCGGCGACGCGCUCCUCGGCUCCGGCGCCUUCGGCAGCGUGUACCGCGGCACCAUGAAGGACGGCACGGAGGUUGCCAUCAAGCUCCUGAAGGUGCCGGACGAGGCCGGGUUUGAGGACGAGGUGAAGGUUCUCUCGCGUUUCCGGCACCCGAAUUUGGUGAUCCUGCUCGGCUUCGCGAGGCACCACAAGAGCGGCUACAGGAGCCUGAUCUACGAGUUCCUGGCCGGCGGCGACGCCGCCAGGCGAAUCUCGCAGAGCAAGCAGGGCAAGCAGCCCUUCCAGGCUCGCAUGCGGCUCAGCGUGGCCCUGGACGCGGCCUCUGGUCUCUCGCACCUGCACAACGCGAAGCCGCGGGCCUUCCACCGGGAC